CCUAAGGCAUUGGGAGGCUAAACACAUUAUAAAAAGCAAUCAAGAGAGAGAAUGCAAAGCACACACUUAGAGAGUUCCUAAAAACAAAAUAAAACAUUCUCUCCCAUUUCUUCCUCCUUAGCCCGUCUUUCAUUUCCUGUCUUUUCUUUUGUUUUUAUUUUUAUUUGUCUUCGUCGUUGCAUUUUGUGUAUGUGGUGUUCUGCUUCUUUUUUUGGGUUUGAUUGCUGAAGCAGAACGGGAUAUUUGACUUUUUGCACAAGUGUUGUGGUCUCUCAUUUCAGGAGAAGCACGUUUUUGUACAUAUAGAGCCUGGUUGGCCUAGUGAAAAAGCAAAAAAGUUAUGUGUUUUGAGAUCUAGCUUGUUUUUUCUUUUCUCUCUAGCUUUCUUUAUGGGGGGUGUUUGUGUUGUUUGAGCUAGAGUCACUGACAUUCCAGCUCUGCUUCCUUUGUUUUGCGUGGCCCAGAAGCAAAAUAACAAUCACCAAAAAAAAUAUUCCACCAAAGUUUAUUCUUUUAAAGCCUUUUCGAUCUACCAUCAUUCACAGCUUGGCUUGCAUUCCCACUGCUAAGUCUCUUUUGUUUUUCUGACAUUCAAUCUCAGUACACAGUAAAAAAAAAACGCUUCAAAUGGAUCGCCUUUCUUCUAAUGCCAUUAUCCCCGAUGCAUUUCAAGGUGCCAAAGAUGACCUUACCAUGCAGCUUGCAUUGGUUUGGAGUCAGAUCAAAGCUCCAUUGAUUGUCCCGUUACUAAGAAUAUCAGUGUUUCUGUGCUUGGUCAUGUCGGUGAUGAUGUUCAUUGAGAGGGUUUACAUGGGCAUUGUCAUCACUCUGGUGAAAUUGUUUGGGAGAAAGCCAGAGAAACGUUACAAGUGGGAGCCAAUAAAGGACGACAUAGAGUUGGGGAACUCUUGUUAUCCAAUGGUCUUGGUUCAAGUCCCUAUGUACAACGAAAGAGAGGUUUAUCAGCUAUCAAUUGGAGCUGCAUGUGGGCUUUCUUGGCCUUCAGAUAGGAUUAUCAUACAAGUUCUUGAUGACUCAACUGACCCAACAAUCAAGGAGUUGGUGCAGCUUGAAUGCCAAAGAUGGGCAAGCAAAGGGGUGAACAUAAAGUAUGAGGUGAGGGACAAUAGGAAUGGAUACAAAGCCGGUGCUCUCAAAGAAGGCAUGAAACGCAGCUACGUGAAACAAUGUGAUUGUGUUGCCAUCUUUGAUGCUGAUUUUCAACCAGAACCUGAUUUCUUGUGGCGCACCGUUCCAUUCUUAGUGCACAAUCCUGAACUAGGCCUCAUUCAGGCUCGGUGGAAAUUUGUGAAUGCCGAUGAAUGUUUGAUGACCAGAAUGCAAGAGAUGUCGCUAGAUUACCAUUUUACUGUGGAACAAGAAGUGGGGUCUUCCACUUACGCCUUCUUUGGUUUCAACGGGACUGCGGGAGUAUGGAGAAUUUCGGCACUGAAUGAAGCUGGUGGGUGGAAGGAUAGAACCACUGUGGAAGAUAUGGACUUGGCUGUGCGAGCCAGUCUCAAAGGAUGGAAAUUCCUAUACUUGUCUGACUUGAAGGUUAAAAAUGAACUGCCAAGUACUUUCAAGGCAUACCGCUACCAACAGCACCGUUGGUCGUGUGGGCCAGCAAAUCUUUUCAGGAAAAUGGUCAUGGAGAUUAUCAAUAACAAGAAAGUGUCAUUGUGGAAAAAGAUAUACGUGAUUUACAGCUUCUUCUUUGUUCGAAAGGUCGUAGCACACAUCAACACUUUUGUGUUUUAUUGCAUUGUAUUACCUGCAACAGUUUUGGUGCCUGAGGUUGCGGUUCCAAAGUGGGGAGCUGUUUAUAUUCCUUCCGUCAUCACCCUUCUAAAUGCAGUUGGAACUCCAAGGUCACUCCAUUUACUUGUCUUCUGGAUUCUCUUUGAGAAUGGCAUGUCUCUGCAUAGAACCAAGGCAACGAUUAUCGGUCUACUCGAGGCUAGUCGAGUCAAUGAAUGGAUUGUCACUGAAAAACUUGGAGAUGCUCUCAAGGCUAAAGCAGGAAUUAAAGCACCUAAAAAGCCUCGAUUCAGGAUUGGAGACAGGAUUCACUUGUUAGAACUUGGUGUUGGAUUCUACCUCUUCUUUUGUGGCUGCUAUGAUUUUAUGUUCGGGAAAAACCACUUCUUCAUCUACCUCUUUAUCCAGGCAUUUGCCUUCUUCAUUAUGGCAUUUGGAUAUGUGGGCACUUUUGUAUCCAACUCCUAGAAGGACUUGGCUUUUCUUCAUUGGGCCUUUUCAGCUACUGUGCCUUCGAUAUCACAGCUUUGUAUUAUAGUGUUUUCAGCAUAGUUCUGGAAAAUUACAGAUUGUUAGCAUAAAACAAAGGGUGGUCAUUCUUUAAGGUUUUGCGUAAUCGGAGUCAGUGACUCUAAAGAAUUAGUUUUCUUGUGAAUAUUAUGCAAAGAUAUAUAAGGAAAUUACUCAAGUUUUUCUCAUGGAAGAAAAGUAUACAGAACAAGAACGCAGCAAGCUACUGGCGUCGAUCCUCAGGGGGACCAAACUUCUUUGAUUGGAUGGAUUGUUUAUAAGAUUUUUGUAGCUCUCUCUCUUAAAUUUUUUAAACUUUUCUUUACAUUGUAUUUGUCUGAAGAAAUAA